UACAUUACAUCUAUAAAAGCACAUUGCUCCAUUACAACUUCAAUUCAUCAAACACUCUUAGUAAUAACAAACAACUUCACUCAUUCAUUUACAAUUUUUCAUUCUUCAAAAUCUACAAAAUAAUCUAGAUUUUAAAGCCUUCAAUUACUAUAAAAGAAAAAAAAUGAAGCAAAUUUUCUUGCUCACAUUUCUUGUACUUGCCAACAUUUUUUCAAUCACCACUUUAGCUCAAUCACCAGCUGCAGCACCAAUAGCUCCUGCAAAACCAGCUCCAACAAAACCGGCGCCUACAAAACCAGCACCUUCAACACUUGCUCCAGCACCAGCAAAACCAUUAGUUCCAGCAUUACCACAAUCACCUACAACAAAUCCUGAUUCAUCAGGAAACCAAGACAUAAUCAAGAUUCUAAGAAAAGCGAAAUCAUUCAACACACUGAUCCGUUUGCUCAAAACAACUCAAAUCAUAAACCAAGUCAAUGCACAGCUUGUAACUACAAAAAAUGGAGGCUUAACAAUCCUUGCACCGGAUGAUGGUGCCUUUUCGCAGCUCAAAGCAGGUUAUUUCAAUUCCUUGGGAGAGAGGCAACAAAAAGAACUGAUUCAGUAUCAUGUUAUUCCUACUUAUGUAUCAAGCUCAAAUUUCGAUUCUCUCAGUAACCCUGUGUUGACAUUGGCUAGUGAUAGUCCAAAUGGUUUUCAGAUUAAUGUUACAGCUUAUGGUAACAGUGUGAAUAUUUCAACUGGUGUUGUCGAUGCAACGAUCAACGGAAUUGUUUAUACUGAUAAAACACUUGCUAUAUAUCAUGUGAAUAAGGUGCUUAUGCCUUUGGAUUUUAUUAAACCUAAAGCUAUUGCUCCAGCACCUGCUCUUGCUAAGGCACCGAAAGCUGAUAAAGAGAAUUCAUCUACAGAAGAUGAAGAUCAAGCUCAAGGAAACAAGGAUAGUUCUGAUGCUAUUAGUUUGAUUAACAUGCAUGGAAAAGUGUUGGCUUCAAUUGGAAUUUCUCUACUUGCAGCUGGAAUAACAAAUAUGUUGUGAUGUUGAAGUUAAAGAACAUUCAUUUGCAAGUUCUUUCUUAAUUCUUAUAUUUUCAGAAUAAGCAUGAUGCUGUUUAUGUGGACUUCUGCUUCUUAUUUUGGUUUCUUCUUGGAUUGUUUAUUGCGUAGGAAUCAAGAAAAGUGUUGUUUGUAAGCUAUGUGAACCAUUCUGUUCAGUUCUAUUCUUGUUUUGUCAUUAAAAAUAUUUAUAUGAUUGUUCUAUUGUCCUAACAAAGAAUAUUUGUUUCCUGUACUAAA